GGUAAAAUAUGCGGAUAGAAACUCUUGUUAUUUACUGUUCCUCACGACGCCCGGCGAUCUUAUCCUGGUCAUUGGUGUUCAGUUGUUAGAAACGACAUGCCAAUCCACAAUUUUCAAGUUUUGUCGAUCAAAAUGCAACAAGCUGUUCAAGAAGAAGCGUAACCCCAGAAAGCUGCGAUUCACUAAAGCAUCGCGUCGUGCUCGUGGAAAGGUAUUGCGUUCGCACUGUAGAAGCGUGCUUUCCCUGUAUGCCGUUAUGUUCGUUACUCCAUUGAAAUAG